UGUUCUCCUAAAUUCCAGGACAGAGCAUCAGGCGGCGGUAGUUCGGUCCUCCGGCCGGCGGGUGGCGCUGUGCCUGUGGCGGUGUACUGAGAGUCAGGCGGACAGAUGAAGUCGGAUGUGUAGCCGGGCGCCUCUCUGGCUCUGUGCACCGGACAGGGACGGGUUGUGGCGCCGGCUGAGUGGAGCGAAAUGGUCCGGUCAUGCUCUGCUGCUAAUUGUGUCAACCGGCAGACGGCGCUUACAAGACGCAAAGGGAUAACGUUCCACAGGUUUCCCAAAGAAGAGUCACGGAGGACGCUGUGGGUGAAUGCCGUGUCCCACUCUCACGCUGCGGUCGGCAGUGAAUGGACCCCUUCUGUCCACAGCUCUCUGUGCUCCCAACACUUUCUCGAUAAGCAGUUUGAUCGAACGGGACAGACGGUGCGGCUCCGGGACUCCGCGGUCCCUAUGAUAUUUUCUACCUUCAGCUUUGCAAAGAUGCCAAGACAUUGCUCAGCUCUCGGCUGCACCACUCGGGAUUCUCGCCUGACCAGGGAGAACGACAUCUCAUUUCACAGGUUACCAAGAAAAGAGGAUCCUCGGCGAAACAUGUGGAUUGCAAACUGCAGAAGAAUGGACCCGAGCGGUAACGGGCUUUGGGACCCCGCCUCGGAAUAUGUGUAUUUCUGCUCCAGGCACUUUGAGAAGAGCUGCUUCGAAGUAACAGGAAUAAGUGGCUAUCGUCGUUUGAAGGAAAAUGCCAUCCCAACAAUAUUUACAGCUGCAACAAAACCCCAGAGGGUAACCAAAAUCAGAACACAAAAGAAGAAAGCAACCAAGGCAAAAGUAAAAAGGAAAUUAGAUUUCUUGGCGAGUGAUCAUCACGCAGCCCCGUGUGAAAGCGCAGAUCCUUCGAGCAACCAGUGUUUUGAUGCUAGGAGGUAUGACGGCGUACCAACACAAGACCUGGUGAACUUCCAUGGACUGUGCCCUGAAAAUAUCGACAUCCCUGCUGAUGCUGCCCCAGCCGAAGGAGCUUUGGCAACCACCGUAGACCACCAGAUGCAUCCAGAGGCCACGCUGGAAGACAUCGAGGUGGGAACUGUAAUGGGCGGACCUCUCUCAGACUUGGAACUGUCUCAGGAGGAUAUGUCUUCUGAUAUAUGCGUUGGCACAGACCCAGAAGGGCCCGCGGAGGGGGUGACGGAACAACUGCGCCCAGUGUCUCCUUCGGUCUACAUGAUGCGCAUCCCCCAGCCGCCGGGGGCCUACAUUCAGAACGAACACAGCUACCAUGUGGGGAAUGCACUUCUUUGGAAGAAGAGGGCAGAAUCCGCAUUGGAGGCACUGACCAAAGUCCAGAGACAGCUGGAAGCUUGCAGACGGCGGGAGCAGAGGCUCCGCCUUCGCAUAUCUGCGUUACAGCAGGAACACUUGAGGGAGAGGCGCGCACAAACGGAUGUCCGAGAGAAGCUGAAGGAGCAUCUACAAGUGUUUGAGCUUCAGCUUAUAAAUGACUUUGUGUAAAUGCUCAGUUGGGUCUGCUGAGGGUAUGCGCCCAUGGGGGGUGUGCUGAGGGUAUGCGCCCAUGGGGGGUGUGCUGAGGGUAUGCGCCCAUGGGGGGU